UCUAGUAAAGAUGUUAGCGGCAUUGCUGCUCAUAUUCCUUCUUCUUGAUGGUUUUCCUGCGGGAAGUUCCACCUCUCUUAAUUCCGGUGACGAGAAGAGGUCAGAUUUACAGUGGUUUUCUUGGUGCCAUGGCGGAUCAAGGAAGGAGGUUGCAGGCAAGAAAGGUCACUUUAGAUGUGCAAGCAGCAUUGUUCAUGAAAAGAUGGCCGUCCCGUAUUGGGUGCCAAGAUAUACAAAGGCAAGACAAAGGAGGCCAAUAUUACAUAAGCCCCUAUUAGAACCACCGGUCACCAAUGGUAGAGGUAGUGGUUAUGGAAGUGGUGUUGGCUCUCCAAUCCUUUCGCCGCCGCCACCGCCGCCUAUAUAUGGUAGUGGUGGUGGUUAUAGUUAUGGUUAUGGUGGUGGUAGUGGUAAUGAUCACUAUAGUUAUGGCAAUGGUUAUGGCGGUGGUGGUAGUGGUAAUGGUUAUGGUUAUGAUUAUGGCAAUGGUGGUGGUGGUGGUGGUUAUUUGCUACCACCACCGCCGGCGUAGAUAUUGGCUUAAGAAGAACGACUUCUUCUAUACUUUGUGACACAUUUUUAGUUGGUUUCAUUCUGCCUUGAUCACCAAAGAAAAUAAUAAAUGUUUCUGUAUGAUUGGAUUUAUGUUCCCCUCUUUAUACAAUAAAUGUUCGUCUGUGAUUUGAUUUGAUU